AUGGUAUAUAACAGUGUGGAAGCUUGGAAGCUUAGAGAGGAAAUAGAGACGGCGGCUUGCAAAUGGUUUAACGGGGCAGUGAGCUUGUCAUCUGGAUUAUGGGCCGUCAUCAAUUAUAGAAGGCCCGAUUAUAGGGCCCAAUUUAUUAAGCCUUUUAGAAAUGGCCCAACAAACAAAGCAAUUAUAGGUGUCCUAACCAAGGAAAUCGCGACUCACAACAAGUCACAAGUAACGCAAGCACGCACGCCCGCCGCUCUGCUGCUCGCUACUGCUGAUCGAUCGCCGGAAAAAUCCCAAAAUGUGGAUGUUGUCGAUUUAACAAAAGAUUCUGGGAUUGAAAUGGGAAAAAAAAGAGUAUCUCUGCAUGCAUAUGUAGCAAGUGACAUUAGUCCUCAUCUGCCAUUUUAUAUCUUCUUCUUCGAUCCCUAG